UCACUGUGGGCGGAGCUUCAGAGGAGGCAAAAUGGCGACCACCUACAGCAGCUUCACUUUGCACACGACGCCUGAGAGGUUCUACAUCGAGGCGUGUGAUGAUGGCGCUAACGAAGUCCUCUCUAUUGAUCGAGUAUCUACAGAGAUGAUGCUGAUAGGGAUGAAGGACAUCCCACCUUCAGCAGCGACCCAGUCGAUAUGUGGCAUCAUGGGGACGAUACGGCUGGUAGCAGGCAUGUACCUUAUUGUGAUCACCAAGAAGAGGAAAGUGGGGGAUCUGCUGGGACACGCCGUGUGGAAGGCCGUGGAGUUCGACAUGAUCUCGUAUAAGAAGACGGUGCUGCACCUCACAGACACGCAGAUGCAGGACAACAAGACCUUCCUCUCUAUGAUCAACAACAUCCUGAAUACGGACGGCUUUUACUUCGCUACAGACUACGACCUCACACACUCCCUGCAGCGGCUCGCCAACACCAGCCCCGAGUUUCAGGAGAUGAGUCUGCUGGAGAGGGCGGAUCAGAGGUUCGUGUGGAACGGCUUCCUGCUCAGAGACUUCAGCACGCAGCCGGAGCUGCACAGAUUCGCCUGUCCUGUGAUCCAUGGCUUCAUCGCUAUGAAGUCCUGCUGCAUCAACGGGAAGGUCUUCGACUGGAACCUCAUCUCCAGGAGGAGCUGCUUCCGCGCCGGCGUUCGCUACUACGUCAGAGGGAUCGACUCCGAGGGCCACGCAGCAAACUUUGUAGAGACGGAGCAGAUCGUUCAGUACGGCGGCGCCAAGGCUUCGUUCGUACAAACACGUGGCUCCAUCCCGUUCUACUGGUCCCAGCGUCCGAACCUCAAAUACAAACCCAAACCGCAGAUCAGCAAGAGUGGGAAUCACUUGGACGGCUUUCAGAGACAUUUCGACUCCCAGAUCAUCACCUACGGCCGACAGGUCAUUUUAAAUCUGAUCAAUCAGAAAGGUUCAGAGAAACCUCUGGAGCUCGCCUUCGCCAAGAUGGUGGAGAGUCUCGGUAACGGCAUGAUCAAGUACGUGGCCUUUGACUUCCAUAAGGAGUGCAGUAGGAUGAGGUGGAACCGCCUGCAGAUCCUGGUGGACACGGUUGCCGAGCAGCAGGCCGAGUUCGGCUACUUCCUGGUGGACGCGGACGGAACGGUCCAGUUGCAGCAGGAGGGGACGUUUCGGAGCAACUGUAUGGAUUGUCUGGACCGUACCAAUGUGGUUCAGAGUCUCCUGGCCAGACGAUCGCUUCAGUCUCAGCUGCAGAGACUCGGGGUCCUCCAUGUGGGACAGAGAAUCGAGGACCAGGUUGAGUUUGAAAAGGUUUACAAGAACGCAUGGGCUGAUAAUGCUAAUGCUUGUGCUAAGCAGUACGCUGGUACAGGAGCUCUGAAGACAGACUUCACACGGACAGGAAAGAGGACACAGUGGGGGCUGGUGAUGGACGGCUGGAACUCAAUGAUCAGAUAUUACAAGAACAACUUCUCAGAUGGAUUCAGACAGGACUCCAUCGAUCUGUUUUUAGGAAACUACGCUGUGGAUGAAGCAGACAUGAGCACAACUCUCCAUGAAACCAAAGACUGGAAGUUCCUCACUCUGCCAAUCAUCAUGGUGGUGGCGUUCUCCAUGUGCAUCAUCUGCCUCCUCAUGGCUGGAGAGACGUGGACAGAGACGUUAGCGUACGUGCUGUUCUGGGGAAUGGCGAGCGUGGUCACGGCCGGCGUUAUCCUCUUCAACGGCCGAGACUUCGUGGACGCUCCCAAACUGGUCCAGAAGGAGAAGAUGGACUGAGAGUGCGUGUGUGGAAAGCAGCUGGGUCCCGUUGACUCUUCAUCCUCGUCCUCAUCCACGUCUUCGUCCUCGGGACUUUCCUUCUCCCGUCUGCGCCGUGACUGGAGCCUGUACUGAACGUCGUCAUCGUCUCCAUUCUGUCACGAUGGAAGAGGCACGGAGGAGGAGGAGGAGGGAGGAGAAGAAGAGCAGAGGCCAGGCGGGGCCAAAUGGGUGGGUGUGGGUGUGGACAGACUCGAAGCCACGCCCACUCGCUGCUCUCCACACUGCAGUCUCAUCUCAGAGGAACAGCCCAGUCUGACUGGACACUGUUCCUCAGCUCAGAACUACACUGAAGAAACCACAUCUGUGUGAUCUUUUAAUGUCUCUCACACACACACACACACACACACACACACACACACACACACACACACGCACACACACACCAUAAUGUAGCUUGUAUUUUAGUAUCUACUGAACCUACAUGAGGUUUUUAUCCUCAAACACGUUUCCUGUCUCCUAUCUGGCACUUAUACGGCAAAUUCAUGGCGGCGACGCGACACUAUUUGAUCAUUUAUUGUGAUGUGGGCAUCGUCUGUAUUUUUAGACCUUUAACCCCACUGCAUGUGUCAUAAGAGAUUUCGACCGAACGUUGAUUCUGUCAGGUGUUUAUUUUUCUGAGCACUGAAAUGAAACCUAUUUGACACGAUUCUGUGUUUCGAUAUCGUGUUUUUUACGUGUUCUGAGUCUGAAAACAUGUAACGUGAUCGUAUUUAUCGGCGCUCCCCCCCCCUCCCCCUCCCUGCCAAGAUUCGGUCCGACGUCGAUGUCCACAUGUUUGUUUCAGUUGCCAUGGCAACCUGUCAAUUUCAGAUUAACGCUUCACCUGUUAAACCUGUGAAAAAAAACAAAAGCAGCCGUUCGGCCAAAAGCGAAGCGUGUGUGUGUUUCCGCUCGAACACAAACACAGCCAGAGUCACAUUUUAAGUGUGAAGUUUGUAUCUUUACUGUCGCUCCGAACAGAAACUGACUAACUAAAGCUCCGACCUGCCGUCCUGCACGCACACGGCGUAGGACCUGCGAACUGCGUCGCUCAAAAAAUACACCAAGUCUCUUUUUACCCUCCUGUGAAAAUGACACACAAACCGAUGGACGUGAUUAAUAUUAAUGAACCUGCUGGAAGCCACGCCCCCUUUUUACUCUCAUUUCAUUUUAGCGAUCUUUCAGCCGGUGGAAGUUUGACCGACGUCAGACGAUCACUUAACGUCAUUAACGUCUAUUCAUUAGCGACGAACCAGAUAAAAAAAGACAAUUAUGAAUAAAUAAAAAUAGUUUUUUAACCAGAAGAAAAUAACGAGUAAAAAUUUUUUGACUGAAUAAAAAACAACAGGCGUCUUUAUCCUUUUUGAACAUGUCAUCGUUUCGUCUUAACACGAGCGUCAGAAUCGUGUGUUUAACUUUGAACACUAAAAAUUCUACUUUUCAUGUUUGGCCUUUUGUUGCUUUAAUAAUGAUUUCGUAUCACACGAGCAAACACUUACAGUCUAAUAACCGCUUUAUUACAGCAACCUGAACCUCACACUCGCUUUAGUCAUAUUAGCUGCUAACCUGCUAACAGCUAGCGUGAUGCUAAUAAAGCUACGUUAGCAAAGUAGACGCUACGGUUGACUGAUGGGAUGUUGUGUCGUUUUUAUUUAAUUUCUUUUAUCUAUUUUAAAAAUAGUGACGCAGACUAAUCUAACAGCAGGACUGGAGCGUGUAACAGAUGUGUGCAGAACCCCAGGAGACCGGAAUUAACGGUUUAAUGUUUGGUUUAAUUUGGACCUUUUUAUUUUUGAUUACUUUGUGAAACCUUACUGUUAUAUUUUUUUUUUUUGUUUAAACGGAUGUUUAUGUACAUUUACAUUUCUGACAUUUAGCAGACUCUUAUCCAAAGUUUCUUACAAUUUAUACAACUGAGCAAUUGAGGGUUAAGGGCCCUGCUCAGGGGCCCCACAGUGGCAUCUCGGUGGACCUGGGAUUCAAACUCAUGUCCUUCUGGUCAGUAGUCUAACACCAUAACCACUAGGCUACCACAUCCCUCACAUUGGACUUGUCUUGUAGUCUAAGACCUGGUCAAAGGUAGACGUGCAAAUCUGAGAUGUUUAUCAUGAUAAAUUACCAAACAAAGUUUAUUAUUUUUAUUUUAACGUGUUGUACUGACGUUUUUCAGUAGGGUUGAAGUUCAGUUAACGUUUAAAUACUUUUAAGGUGUAAUUUUAGUAUAACAUUAUAAAAUAUUGUCUCGGAUAUAAUAACCAGCACCUCUGAUGAAAACGUCGACGUCUCCAUGAUCGCUGUGCCUUCACAAUAUCGGUGUAAAUGAUUUUUAAGUGCUGUCGUAGAUGGCGACAUGUUUUUCGCUGCAGUCGUUAGCUAUAUUUAUUUACCUUUGUGAUCUGAAUUAGCACACGGAGGAGUUUGUGUAGUUUCUUAAUGUCCGAGUCGAACGGAUCGUCUGCCUUAAACCGGGGAAGAAAGAAGCGUAUGAUCUGAAAACCGCCGUCUUGUAUCUGCCUUAUCAGAGAAUGUAAAGCAGUAGCGGAUAAAAUUGUUAUGAUCACGUCUCUGUAUUGUACUUAUGUUUUAAAUAAUACUUAUUGUAUUUAUGUUUUUCUCUUUUUUGGCAGUAGCUUCUCUGAUCAGAAAUUUGUGGACUUACAGGUCAAUCGAUAUGACUGAAGAUUCAUGGCCAAAUCCUGCAUUCAGCUAGUUUUGAAUCCAAACCCUCACUCAUCACUUUGUCUAAUGCAUUGUAUAUAUUUUAUUAAAGGAGCACUAGGAUGAA